GAAACGAACGGCAACGCGAUAUAAUUUAUUAAAAUCAUGAAAUACAUUUACGGUUUUCUUUUCUUGGUGCUCUUAGGCGCUGCAAGUGUGAAUUGCAAUCCUGUUGCGGCUUUGGCACAAGCCAACUUGCAAAAAUCGCUCUCUGAUUACUUAGUGCAACCAAAUGUAUUCGCCAAUACUGAUCCCGCUCUCUCAGCAGCAUGUUUCAACAAAUACUUACCAAUCUUGUCGGAAAUUGCUAACACCUAUUCCGUACAGUACCAGGCUUGCGUUACAACAGCUGAACAACGUACAUUAAAUCUGACAAAUCAGGCCGCAGCUAGCAAGACAACAUUCUCUCAAGAGACUCAAGCUAUUUGUACCGCCUUCCAGGUUUGCGAUAACGACACAGAUAUACUUGAUUCAUUCAAUUGCUAUGCAUCUGCGUCCAAGGCUGAUGUAUCACAAAUGUAUGAUAUCUCAAGCAAUGCUGCUAUUGCUGCCAAUACCUUGAACCAAGGUUUGGAAGAGAUUCAAAAUGAAGAAAGUCAAUGCACGAACGCUACUCAACGUACAUAUGUUUCCGACACUGCAUCGACAUAU